ACCCAUCAAAAGCAGCGACGACCACCUCAAAUGGCUGCUACAGUGCUGGGAAAGCGUUCUCGACGAGUUCUGGAUGAACAAGAUGGCUCAGAUACACUUCCCAUCCCAAAGAGACGAACGCGACGCUCUGCACCCGAGAUAUAUCAAGAUGCAACAGAGAACAAUGUGUUGGGGAAACAGAAUACACGUCGUGUUGGAGCUCGUAACGGACGAAAGAACGAUACUGUACAAGACAGUCCUGUACAGAACCAAACGACCACAACCAAACUCAUUGGAGAUUCCAACCUUCCCACAGACGAAAAUCUACCGCCAUCGAUUCUGUCGACUCCCACCACUGCCCGCUUCAAGGAUGUCCUUGCUGUAUCUGCCCCCAGCACACCCAAGCACCGUGUACGACUUGCUGGCAGACUUCUCACCCCUCAGUCGUCGCGUUCAUCCACACCAGCGAGAUCACAAAAUGUAUACUCGCGUGCUCGACAGUUAUUCACUCAAGCCAGCAAUGGAAAGAUCAUUGGUCGCGAGGCUGAACGGCGCCAAUUGACCAACUUUAUUUCCAAUGCUAUCGAGACUCGAAUUGGAGGCUGCACAUAUGUUAGUGGACCACCCGGCACCGGCAAGAGUGCCUUGGUCCAGGAGAUCAUGCAAGAAUUCCAGGCGGCUCCCGUCACGGCCACCACGAUCAAUUGCGUGUCUCUGAAGUCUUCCGGCGACGUCCUCGCGCGUCUGAUCGAAGAGUUUUGUCCUGGCAAGGGCAGCUCAAAAUCAUCCAAAGCUGCCCUGGCGAAAUUGUUCACGACAAAGAGAGUCAAUCCCGAAAUGCGUCUCGUUUUGCUUGAUGAGAUCGACACGCUUCUCGGAGGGGACUGCGAGGUGUUGUACAGCAUCUUUGAAUGGGCCAUGCAUCCCUCCUCCACCCUCAUCUUGAUCGGAAUUGCCAAUGCUCUGGACCUGACUGAUCGCUUCCUGCCUCGUCUGAAGCUGAGGAAUGUCAAGCCCCAAUUGCUACCAUUCCUUCCAUGUUCGGCCCAGCAGAUCUCUGCCAUCAUCUCGGACAAGCUACGCUCCCUCAUAGCCAAUGGACCCACGACCUGUGCUGACUUCAUCCCUCUCAUGCAUCCGGCGGCGAUACAGUUGGCGGGCAAAAAGAUAUCUUCCCAGACGGGGGAUCUACGAAAAGCUUUUAGUCUAGUUCGCCGCGCCCUCGACCAGGCUGAGCAAGAAACGCUCUUGAAGUUGAGUCAAGAGCAGAGCGUGACUCCAACGAAGCAACCGCUCCAAGAAAUAUCAAAUGUGUCCUCCGGUCAAGAUGUCCCAUCUGCUGUCAGGAUAGACCACCGCUCGGUCCUCAAUCAUCUUACCUGGGAGACGGCGCCUCGAGUGUCUAUUUCACACGUGGCCAAGAUCGCCGCGACCAUUUUCAACAACGGCACACUUUCUCGCCUGAGCGGCUUGAAUCUGCAGCAAAAAGCUGUUCUGUGCUCAUUGGUGGCGUCCGAAACCCGCCGAUACCGCCGCGAUCCUUACACCACACCGUCCAAAUCAGGAUCCAGACUACCGACGAUAAAGAAUUUGUUUGAAAAAUAUGCUCAGUUGUGUAAGCGGGAUGACGGACUGUUGCAGCCGCUUAAAAACACCGAGUUUCGAGACGUUGUUGCUAGCCUCGAAACCUUGGGUUUGGUGCAAGAGGCGUCUGGGCGAACGUCUGGGCUGCUGACACCCACAAAUACACCGUCUCGCAGUGGGCGAGCGGCGGAUGAUAAACAGGUGGUAAGCGCCGUGUCUGAAAAGGAGAUGCGAGAUAGCCUGACGGGGCCGGGGUCUGAUCUGUUGUUAAGGCUACUUGAAGAAUAAGAAUUGGGAAGUAAUCAACUUCUCUGUUUGGAUUUUGCAUAGCACAGGAAUGGAUUUUUGCAUGAAGCGAAGGAGCCUUUGUCUUGGAUUUUGUUCUAGGCUGCUUACUCGUACUCGACUGGCGACGCCGGCCUCUUGGAAUUGGGGCGGGCUUGGAGCUGUCUGGAGUAAAGGAAAUGAAGACCUACCCAGCUAAUCGUAUCUCGAACUUCUCCUCAUUCGUUAUGCGAGCGAAGG